UUAAAUCUUUAAUCCUAUGCCAGUGCCAACUCUACCCUACGUCUGGCCCUCUAAUAAUUAAUUAUCGUAAUUAUUAUUUUAUUUUCGUGGUCCUCUGCUCUACACCCCACUGCCCAGAGCUUGUACUCAUUGUUUUUGUUAAGACUGGGGACUGGUUUGAACAAAUUCCUGAAAGGAAAACUACAUCCUGCUAACAACAGAUAAUUUCACGUCACACAGCCUGGUUGCUAAGUCAAAGGAGCAGACCAGCCCUAUAAAAAAGCGACAGGGAGCAAUUAGGUGUGGGAAUAAGCGAACCUGCGGACCAUCAUCAGCAAAGAUUUUGAGAGGAGAAGAAAGCCGAAAGGAAAGUUGGUAGUCAUGGGUAGCGGCAGAAAUGUCGGUAAUCUGAAAAAUGCUGUCAUAGCAUUGCUAGUUCCGCUUCCCUCCAUUCUCUUUUACCUAUCUUUCCUCAGCCACUGCGGUAGCGGAAAUCUUUCGUCUUUUCUUUGGAAAUGGUGCUAUCACCAUCCUCUUUUAUUGGUGAACGCACUCUUCUUCCUCAACGUCAACCUUGUCUUCUGGCUCAUCAGUCAUGUCCAGUCCAGCCACUGGAUGAUUGAUUUGUACUGGACAUUGAUACCCGUGAUGCUCGUUCAUUAUUUCGCUUCCCACCCUUUAGCUCAGUAUAAUGAAUUGAGGUCAUGGAUCGCAAUUGCUUUGACAUGGAUAUGGAGCAUAAGGCUUUCCCACAACUACUUCAGGCGGGAAAGAUGGCAGUGGGGUGCCAAAGAGGACUGGAGGUUCACGGAUUUGCGCCGACAGUACGGCGAGAACUGGUGGUGGGUUUCUUUCUUCGCCGUCUACCUUUCACAGCAGGUGUUUCUGAUAGGCGUAUGCCUCCCUCUGUACGUUGUCCACUCAGUUGAUGAGGCAUUGAAGAUGUGGGAUUUGGUAGCCAUCUUUGUGUGUGUUUCUGGAAUUGUCAUCGCCUACUUUGCCGACACACAACUCCAUGAAUUCGUGAGUAGGAACAGCAAGCUCAAAARGAGUGGGAAGCCAAUGGUCGCCAAUCUAGAGGAGGGACUGUGGGGUUACUCUCGACACCCAAACUACUUUGGAGAGCAGUUGUGGUGGUGGGGACUUGUAAUAUUUGCGUGGAGUUUAGGUAAGGGAUGGAGCUUUGUUGGAUCACUCAUCAACAGUCUGUGCUUAGCCUAUGUGACCAAGCUGGUUGAAGAGCGAAUGGUGAAGCAAGAGUACAGAGCGGAAGCUUACAGGAAGUAUCAGAAGACUACAUCAGUGUGGAUACCUUGGUUCAAGACAUCAUUAACAGCAGAUGAGAAGGAGAAGAAUAUGUGAAUGUGAUGCGAGUGACUUGUGGUGUUGGUGUGGCUCUUUCUCGUUUAUGGAUGUCGUGAGCUGCGUUGAUUUAUGCUAUCUUGUUGUAAAGCUUUCUAUUGUGAGUUUAUAUCUGGAGGAAAAAGUCUGGGUUUUAUCCUCCUUAUCUAUUAUAUCAAUGAAUAGAACCUUUAAGGUCAUUUGCAACUGCUUUUACAGACUU